UCUGCAUAUACAGUGUUAGCAGCUGAAACCCCAAAAGUAUAUUAUUUAUCCACCUGGAAGGAGGAAACACUAUCUUAAUGAUGUUGCAGUUAAUUAAAGACCUUUAAAAAUUCUAGCACACUUGGAGCUCCUCAUGCAGAAGGCUGAGAGAAGAGUAGUAAGUGUUGGAUGUGUGACCAAAUGUGUUCUCAUGUUCUGUUUUCAAUAUGGCUCUUCUAAAUGCCUGAACACUGAUCUAUAUAAAGGAUAAAUUCAAUGUAAAGACAGAAUAUAGACAUGAAAAUAGAAACAUUUCAGAUUUCAUUUAACAGCUUGCUGCUAAAAAGCAGCUUACAUUGCAUCUUUUACAGCAUGAACAAUGACACAAUCUUUUUAUUUUCUUAAGGAAAUAAACCUGACUUCAAGAUGUCAGAGGAAGAUGAUUCUUUUCUGAAUGUUAAAAGAUCUCUGAAAAAGAGAACGGUGAAACACAGCACCCCAGUGGACUCAGUGUUCUCAAGAACAAUUCCAUCUUCUUUAGAUCUGACAAAUCAGUCAAUCAAGGACCAAGAUGCCACAAAGAGAGUUUAUGGCUCUCCAAUGCCAAAAUCAAAUCUAAGUAGAUCAUUAUCUCAAGUAACAUUAGUACGUGCUGAUGUAUACAUCCCUCCUAUGUCCCCAAGACCGCUUUCAACAGCAUUUGAUUUGCAAGAACUAAAUAAAGAGAAAAGCCAAAGCUCUCGGCUUGUGUUUUCUAGAAGGAGGCUUUCCACUGUGUUGGCCUCUGAUGAAUCAAAUCAAGAGCCAGCUCACAAGAUUGUCCCAAACAUAGAAACUCAAGCUACCACCAGAGCAUUUAUGGAUGCUGCAGUAACUCCCGAGAGUGAACCCUUACGUCUUGCUUCCGGAAUACCAGGGAUAAAAGACCCCCCAGUAGCAAAACCCAGAAAGAAGAAAAUUAAUAAAACUCUUCAGAGAAAGAAAGAAAGAGAGUGGCUGCUUCGUCAACUUGAAAACAUUGAGGAGGCAACUAAACAUGAAUUGACAAUUGAAGAAGCUUGAUUGGGCUACAUGUGGGAUAAGUGCUGUCACAUCCAUCAUGUGGAAAUGGCGAGUUCCAAUAAAUCACACUGUUAUAGUGCC